AAGGCUCAGGAUUUUGUUGGUUUUGUGGGAUUUGCCCAAACUUUGGGUUUUUUGGCGCAGAAAAGCGCCCGGUACCUGCAGCAGGAGCUGCCCGUGCGCAUCGCCCACCGCAUCCAGGGCUUCCGGAACCUUCCCUUCAUCAUCGGCUGCAACCCCACCAUCCUGCACGUGCACGAGCUGUACAUCCGCGCCUUCCAGAAACUGAGCGACUUCCCCCCGAUCCAGACCCACGGUGACGAGUCGCAGUACUGCGCGCUGCUGCGGCAGCUGCUGGAGGAUCACAAGGACGUGGUGACGCUGCUGGCCGAGGGGCUGAGGGAGUGCCGCCGGCACAUACAGGACGAGCGGCUGCUGCGGCCGUUCCUGGACAAGACGCUGACGUCGCGCCUGGGCAUGCGGAUGCUGGCGGCGCAUCACCUGGCGCUGCACGAGGACAAGCCGGAUUUCGUCGGCAUCAUCUGCACCCGCCUGAGCCCCAAGAAACUCAUCGAGAAAUGGGUGGACUUCGCCAGGCGUUUAUGUGAGCACCAGUACGGGAACGCGCCCCGCGUGCGCAUCAACGGCCACGUGGCCGCGCGGUUCCCGUUCAUCCCCCUGCCCCUGGACUACGUCCUGCCCGAGCUGCUCAAGAACGCCAUGAGGGCCACCAUGGAGUCGCACCUGGACACGCCCUACAACGUCCCCGACAUCGUGGUGACGAUCGCCAACAACGACAUCGACCUCGUCAUCCGGAUCUCGGACCGUGGCGGUGGCAUCCCCCACGAUCUCCUGGACAAGGUCACCGAGUACCACUUCAGCACGGCCGAGGCGAGCGCGCAGGACCCGCGCCUGGGGGGGCCCUUCCGCACCCUGAUGGACGCCAGCGGCCAGCCCGGGCCCAUGCACGGGUUCGGCUUCGGGCUGCCGACGUCGCGCGCCUACGCCGAGUACCUGGGGGGCUCCCUGGUGCUGCAGUCGCUGCAGGGCGUCGGCACCGACGUCUACCUGAGGCUGCGGCACAUCGACGGCAAGGCCGAGAGCUUCCGCAUCUAGGGGCGCUCCGGGGAACCGCGGGGAACCCGCCAGCGCCGGACUGCCGGGGUGAGGAACCCCGAAAACUGGGGGCUUGUUGGUCGUGAAAAUCAUGGAGAACCUUCCGAGGCCGGGGAGAACCUUCCAGAGCUGGGGUUUGGUCAGCAAGGUCAUGGAGAACCUUCCAAAGUUGGGGUUUGGUCAACAAGGUCAUGGAGAACCUUCCAAAGUUGGGGAGAACCUUCCAAAGUUGGGUUUUGGUCAUUAAAACCAAUGAGAACCCUCCUAA